CAACACUCACUCCACUGUUGAGCUACCCACCUGAACCAUGACUGGCCGCGGCAAGGGAGGCAAGGGACUCGGAAAGGGAGGCGCCAAGCGUCACCGCAAGGUUCUUCGGGACAACAUCCAGGGCAUCACCAAGCCGGCCAUCCGUCGUCUGGCGCGCCGUGGCGGUGUGAAGCGCAUCUCCGGGCUCAUCUACGAAGAGACCCGUGGUGUGCUCAAGGUGUUCCUGGAGAACGUCAUCAGGGAUGCCGUCACCUACACUGAGCACGCCAAGCGCAAGACCGUCACCGCCAUGGACGUGGUGUACGCCCUCAAACGCCAGGGCCGCACCCUGUACGGUUUCGGUGGUUAA